CAGUUCUGGGUUAGGGUUACAUACCAUCACCAUGGACACUACUACAGCCCAAGGCUCAAAAAGCCUGAGUCAGUGCACUACACCACGAAACAACAGCUAUGCUCUUACAGAGAAAGAUGUCGAAAGGCAAGUCUCGUCUGACGAGCCGACACCAACAAACAAGCCCAGUCCUUUUCCAGAAACAGAUCUCUCCCGCGGAAUCGUCGGCUGGGACGGUCAAGAUGACCCAGAUAACCCCCAGAACUUCCCUGAAGGGAGGAAACUGGCUCUUCUAGGCCUGAUCAGUGCAUUUACAUUAAUCUCGCCCCUCGCGUCAAGCAUGUUUGCCCCUGCUGUCGGCUUCAUGGCAGCUGACUUUCGCGAAACAAACGAGACUCUGCUAUCAUUCACAGUCAGUGUUUUCCUGAUAGGAUACACGUUCGGCCCCUGCUUCCUUGCCCCCCUCAGCGAAAUCUACGGCCGACGGAUCGUCUUCAGCGCGGCAAACUGGUUCUUCGUUGUCUGGCAGAUCGGAUGCGCCCUCGCCCAGAAUAUCGAAACAGAGAUCAUCUGCCGGUUCUUCGCGGGCAUCGGCGGCGCGGGCUGUAUUACCCUCGGGGCUGGCGUGAUUGCGGAUUUAUUCCCCGUUGAACAGCGCGGGAAGGCUACUGCGAUCUGGGGGCUUGGUCCGCUGAUUGGGCCUGUUGCGGGCCCGAUUGCAGGUGGGUUUAUUGGACAGGAGGCUGGAUGGCGCUGGGCUUUUUGGGUUUUGCUUGUUGCUGGGGGUGUUAUGGCGCUUGCGAUUGAAGUGUUUAACCAGGAGACGUUUGCGCCGGUGCUGAUAAAGUGGAAGACGGAGAAGUUGGCCAAGGAGACAGGACGGACGGAUCUGCGCAGUGCGUAUGAUGAGAAUGCUGCAGCUGUUGGUGUCAGGCAGGCGCUCAAGUCUGGCCUGAUGAGGCCGUUCGUCUUGCUUGUCAAGUCGCCAAUUGUCCUCCUUCUUUCUACUUAUAUGGCCCUCGUAUACGGUCUGUUGUACCUCUUCUUCACGACCAUCUCGUCCGUUUUCCGAACCAAGUACAACUUCUCAGCCGGUCUCUCCGGCCUCGCCUACCUAGGCAUCGGCACCGGCUUCAUCGCCGGAAUCGCCUUUACCGCAAGCACAAACGACAAGAUCCUGCUCAAACUAACCGCGCGGACCGGCCGCUUCGAACCCGAAAUGCGCCUGCCCCUGAUGAUCUUCUUCGCCAGCAUCCUCCCCAUUUCCUUCUUCUGGUACGGCUGGACAGUGUACUACGACGUCCACUGGAUCGUGCCGAUAAUCGGCAUGUUCCCAUUCGGGGUUGCCAUGAUUGGCGUGUACAUUCCGAUCCAGACGUAUGUGAUUGACUGCUACCCGAAGUAUGCGGCGUCGGCGAAUGCCAGCCUCACGGCGACGAGGUCCCUGGUUGGGGGGUUGUUGCCGCUGGCUGGGCCGAAGAUGUUUGAAUCGCUGGGGCUGGGAUGGGGGAAUUCGUUGCUGGGGUUUUUGGCGUUGGUGUUUGUGCCGAUUCCGAUUGUUUUUACGCGGUAUGGGAAGGUUAUUCGGGAGAGGUGGCCUGUUGAUCUGGAUAGAAUAUAGAAUACCUAGCUGAUAAUACUUAAUGUUUAAUGUCAACAGAUCAAGCCUGACCAGGCCAGAUAGAAUCCGCCAAAUCCCUAACCAGCUUCAGCUUAUCUAGCAUAUUCUCCCUGGACAGUCUAUUCUCCCUCGAAUGGCUGGCAAACCCACACUGCGGACUCACCCCCAGU